AUGUCAGCAAUCAACGAACUGCUCAGAACUGACUACGAAACAUACAUCAGAACUGUUGUGCUGAGCGAAGAGAGCGCAACGAGCUUCUUGUCCUCCACGCCAACGCAGUGGCGGAACGUGAUAGAGACGGCACUUGGGCUGUCUACUUUGGAUCAGUGUGAGGAGGUGCUGAAGCUGCUGCUGCGAGAUAUCGGUACCGACAUCAAGGAGGCCGAGAAAGGGCUCGAAGGUGUGGCUCGGACGGCGGAGUACACCGAAAGACGGCUUCAAGACCUCACUCGCACGCAUACACGACUUGACGCGGAAGCAAGAAAGGAAGCUUUAGCUUUGGAGAGGACCAUACAAGACCAUGCAGCCAAGGAACGACUUUUGAAGGAACACCAAACCCGAUUCAGAUAUGAAACCUCACAAAGUAUUGCAGAUUCCAGCCGCCAAAUCUUGGGGUUAGAGAAAAAGGAUCUGGCCCUGGAGCUCAAUAUGGGCUUUCAUGCUCAUAUUUCUAGAUUGCAGACCCAAAUUCGCAUGGAGGAGGAGGCUUUGCAGCAGCUAAGCGAGUCUUAUGCCAGGAUGAAGGACGAGGUCCAGGUGCAAUAUGAAAGGGUCUUGAAAUACAAGCAAAGCCAGGAAGCAAAAGAUGCUCAAGAAUGCGUAUAUCCCCGUCGAAUGGAAUGGCUUGCCUUGCGGCUGGAAAUGCUUAAUGAGAAACUGAAAGCCCUCGCUGCGGCCCAGCCCAGUGACCUACCUAAGUCUUUUCAUGGAAUGAGGACUUCUGUUGUCUCUUGGCUAUCCGCAGCUAUUGUUACAGUCAUGAGCUUACUCCGAAGGCCAACUCAUCAUAAUAUCGCUCCAAGAGGUUCACUCAAUCAAGACGGGCAGAGUGCAGUGCACCAAUACACGACGCUGAGAAAACAACUACACAGAACCAUGAUCAAGAGCCAGCUCUCAAAAGUCUUCUUCAAGCUAUCAAUGAGAAAAGGUUGCGGUUACGCACAUGAGAAAAAUAUCGCUGCCAACCAUGCCAGGAAGAUGGGCGAACUGCUGACGGGUGUCGUUCAAGCCCAGGAGGCAUGCGAUGCCUCGAGACAACAGCUGACGAUACACCAGCGUGAUGCUUCUACCUACAAGCGUCUGGCCGAAGCAGAGGCCUCAUCCUUAGAUUCCUUACGCUCGGAGCAUGAAGCCCUGACAAACAAGAUCCAGGAGCUUGCCACCAAGCGCGAGCUAUUUGCCUUUUGGUCUGCCGCCUUGACCAAGCGUACAGCCCGGCUCUCACCGUCCCCCUCCUCAUCAGAACCCACAGCGAAACUCAGGGCCAAUUUUCGGGAGCAUAUCCUCAUCGCGCUGCUCUCGGAGCUCAAGACUCUGCUCGUGCAGGUCCUUACCGUGCUGUACGAUGACACACGCCACGCGCACCUGGCAACAGGUAUGCUCGGCUCGCUAUUUGACUCUGCUGAGUCGGGCGACAGCGCAUCCUCCCCAGGGUCCAUUCUUGACCCAAAACUCGCCCUCCCAUCCUCACUCGCCUACGCCAAGCGCUCCAGUGGCGAGCGUAAACGCGUCGAUCUGGCACUCUUCUUUGCAUUGCUACAGUUGGCCAGGGCUAGAAGUGCACAUCGGGCACACUAUCUGCUUGUUGACGAGGUCUUUGACAACCUAGACAAGGCAAGCCAGGCGGCGGUCGUCAGGUGGUGCGGCGUCAUGUCGCAGACUCGGGUGGUGGGUUGGAUCACGCACAGCCAGUUUUUGAUCGAGCUGGAUCCUGGGGAGGACACUGCAAAGGUUCUAGUUGUGACGGCAAAGAUGGGGCGGGGAGGGGGGACGGAGUUGUCGAUCAACAAUGGACGUAGCAUUGGCGGAGGUUCUUCCGUGACCGGUACCUCUCGAGUAUUUCACAACACUUCAUCGGUAGCGUUUACAGCCCUCCCAACCUCAAAGCUCACCACCCACCUCCCAAACCCUCACCCCUAUCCACCCAAAAUGAGACCCCCCCACGUCCUCCUCUCCCUCCUCCCCCUCAGCGCCGCCCAACUCCAACCGGUCCCCACCUUCGGCCCCCCUAUCCCCAGCCGCGCCAAAAUGUUUGUUUACGCCCCCCCAAACCUCCCCCCUAACCCAGCUAUUCUCCUCGGCGUGCACUACUGCACCGGCACCGCCCAAGGCUACUACAACGGCAGCCCCUACAAACGCCUCGCCGACGAGAAGAAGUUCGUGGUUGUCUACCCUGAAUCACCAAACGAGGGCGGCUGCUGGGAUGUGAGCUCUAGGGCUACGCUGAAGAGGGAUGGUGGGAGUGAUAGUCAUGCGAUUGCCAAUAUGGCGAGGUGGGCGGUGAAGAGGUAUAAGGGGGAUAAGGGACGGGUGUUUGUUAUAGGGGAGUCAUCGGGGGGGAUGAUGGCUAGUAUCCUCGCUGCUGCGUAUCCUGAUUUGUUCAGCGCGGUUAUCAACUACUCCGGUGUAGCAGCUGGCUGCUUCUUCACUGACUCCGUUGCCGGCUGGAACGGGAACUGCUCAGGGGGGAGGAUGAACUUGACACCUGAAGAGUGGGCGAGGUGGGUGUUGGAUGCUUAUCCGGGUUAUAACGGGACGAGGCCAAGGAUGCAGGUUUACCAUGGGAGUGCGGAUGAUGUUAUUGCGCCGGCGAAUUACAACUACUCCAUUGCGCAGUGGACGACCGUGUUUGGGUACCCUGGGACGCCCCUGGAGGAGAAGAGGGAUGUGCCUGAGAGAAGGUAUACCACGCAGGUGUUUGGGGAGAAGUUGACGGGGAUUUGGGCGGAGGGGGUUGGGCAUGGGGUGCCGGUGCAUGGGGGGGAGGAUAUGAAGUUCUUUGGGCUGUGAGUGACUGCCAGAUGGUCCGGUGUCGGGAAAUAUGGCGUUAUUUUCAUGGGGGCGGGCUGGAAGUGAAAUCGGUGCUAUAAAAGUGAUAGAAAAGAAGCCCGGG